CCUCGUCGUACUGGCGGCGACGAAGAAGAGAAGACCAGGCUUGCGCUGGUCAACUCUGACGAACAACGCCAUCCGGUUUCAGAGUCUAGCUCAUCACAGAGUAACAAUCUAGCAGUCACCGUCUUCAAAGAAAAGUACGCGGCCCCGAGGCGUGCUAUUGAUAGGCAACCACCUCAGUCAACGUCUACACCUACUACACCAAGAAAACAUCAGCAACAAUCUAGUUCUAGUGGGAGUAGAGAAACAGUCGUCCAGACGCAAGCACUUUCUCGGCCACAAUAUGACGACGGUGCUGCUUACCCAUACAAGGUUCUUCGCGCGCGACCUCUUUGGGCCACUCGUUGUUACGCCGCUCCCAUGCUGUACACAAAGACAGGCGUGAAGCUCUUCGAUGCGAAUGGAGUAGUGGCGAAUCCUUGGUGGGCCAUCAAGCGUUGGACUUCCUAUGACGACUUUGACUGCUCCGACAACUUUUCUUCUAACCGGCUGAGAAAACCAAACAGCGCGUCUAGCCGGCCCUCGCUGUACUAUGAUGGUCGUCUAGCUCCACAAGAGCCUAUCGAUCGCCAUGGCGGCAGCAUAGGAUGCUUCAACAGAUAUCAUCCGCCAGGUAACUAUCCCGACUGGACGCACAUGUGGCACUGGUUGGACAAGCAGAGAAGCAUCGACCGCAUCAGGAACAAUCCUGGCCCUCCUUCGCCACAGCGUAGUAUGAGCCACACCUUGACUCCGCCGUACGGCUCGGUGGCAUUCCAUGCGAAGCAGAUCGCUAAGGCGCAGAAUAAUGCGGAUGGUGGCGUAUCACGCAAGCGUAUGCGAGAUUCAGGUGACAGCGCAGUUGGC